AUUGAUGGUAGCCACCGUGAAGUUCUCCCAACCUUUGCUUACCACUGGCAUACCAAACCAAGUAUAUAGAAGGCAAUUCAGCAGAGCAAUGAUGAACUCAAGAUACAACAAAUGAAGUACAUGGGUGCUGUGUAUAGGAACAAGGAGGCUGCGUUCCCUGCAAAAAAAUACAAAGAAUUUAUAUUACAAACAAAAAAGUGGGAAGCUUCGUCUCGCAGCGAACCUGUCGGCAUGAAUCGAAACCCAAGCGGCCUGAGAGCAUGCUCUCUACAUCUGAAGGAGAAGAAAAGGAAACAAAGACAUGAUUCAGAAUGGAAUGUGGCUUGGACAACAACCUUAUUUCUCGAAGAAUUGACCUCCUCUGUAGCUGCACAAACGAAGAAGAAGGAAAAAACUGUUGCAUGGAUACAGGUGGAUGUGCAGUCACGAAUACAAACACGAGACACAACAAAUAUGUAAAAGGUAGGAUACAUGGAC